UCUGUUCGGUGUACGAGCUAAGUGUUAUUAGUAAGAAAAUUGUGAGUCUGUCUCUUCGUGUUGAAUUAUAAUCCAUGUGGAAAGUAAAAACCUUAGGGAAAAAAUAUAAGUUAGAAAAAAAAGAUCACUGAGAUAUACAUAUAUAUAUAUAAAAUCACCAAGUAUAUAUAUAUAUAUAUACAUAAAGAGAGAGAGAUGGAGAGAGAGGGAGGGAAAAUAUCGGCUGUCAAUGAGUGGAACAAUGCUUGACGAUUACGAACUUUUUCUUCAUUGGAGAAAAAGAUAUGAAAGUGACGAAAUUUGUAAAAGGAAUAACAAGUCGACACGCGACACAUACUGAAUGAAAUAGAGAAAAGAGUGGCAACAAAUCGAUAGAGUGGAAGAAGAACUUUCUUUGCGAGCGUAAAGAGUCAGGCUGAGCCUUGAUCGACCAGUUUACUGUCUUUUUGGUGCCACGGUGAAAGCGUCUGCAGUGAGCUCGAUCAUCGCAAAUCUCACAACUUCUGCUUACCUUUCGGGAAUCAUUAAACGAAUAUUUUUCUACUUUAUGUAUAUGUAUAUAUACAUAUAUACAUAUGUGUGUAUAUAUAUAUAUAUAAAUAUCUCUUUACUUUCAUGUGUUUGAUCAACUAACGGAUACGAACAGAUACAAAACGUGCGAUCCGAUUUGAGAUCGUUCAGACGAACAUGAAUAAACGUCAAGUGUUAAACGUGUGCAAUCGAUAAAAAAGAAAUCGAUUAGGUAUAUUUCAAAGAAUAUCUUGUGCUACGAAAGAUGAACUUCCGUUUGUUGAAGUUCAAGAUCUUGAUCCUCUUUCUCGUUAUGUUAAAGGAAGUAUACGCUAAAAGUUUUGACCUUGAAUCUUCAACGUUGAAUAAAACCCAACCUAAUAAUCGUACUGGAAAAUUUCUGUUCGAUGAAUUAUUUGGCAUCGAUAUCACUGGUGGUGCCGAUGACGAUGAAAAGCUUCGAAAUUGUACAUGCGAAUGUGGUAUAACUAAUAAAGAAAAUCGUAUCGUUGGUGGACGACCAACGAUACCAAACAGAUAUCCAUGGAUCGCUCGUUUGGUUUACGAUGGACGCUUUCAUUGCGGCGCCAGUUUAAUUAAUAAUGAUUAUGUCAUUACAGCUGCUCAUUGUGUACGAAAUUUGAAACGAUCGAAAAUUCGUGUUGUACUCGGUGACUAUGAUCAAUAUGUGAAUACCGAUGGUGUUGCUAUAAUGAGAGCAGUUAGUUCCGUGAUACGUCAUCGAAAUUUUGACAUAAAUUCUUAUAAUCAUGAUGUGGCUCUAUUAAAGCUUCGUAAGCCCGUCAAAUUUUCCAAAACUGUUAGACCUGUUUGUCUACCUCAAGCUGAAUCUGAUCCUGCUGGCAAAGAAGGUACUGUCAUUGGAUGGGGACGUACAUCAGAAGGAGGUAUGUUACCAGGAAAGGUUCAUGAAGUACAAGUACCUGUAUGGAGUUUGACACAAUGUCGGAAAAUGAAAUACCGUGCAAAUAGAAUCACUAAUAACAUGAUUUGCGCUGGCAAAGGUACUCAGGAUUCUUGCCAAGGUGACAGUGGUGGACCUCUUCUUGUACAUGAAGGUGACAGAUUGGAAAUAGCAGGUAUAGUUUCCUGGGGCGUUGGUUGUGGUAGACCUGGAUAUCCUGGAGUUUAUACUAGAGUUACUAGAUACUUGAAAUGGAUCAACACAAAUAUAAAGGAAGGAUGUCUGUGUGUUAAUUAAUACUCUACCUCGAUUUUAUUACGACAGAAUAUUUAAAAGCUUUCAUUUUGACGAAAUAGAAACGAUAUUUAAGCAAGGAAAAUUUAAAGAUGAUAGAAAAACACAAAUUUAUCUGCCAUACGUUGAAAUACAAACGAUUUAAAAAGUUUCUCUGUGAGGUACUUCACACGAACUUAUUAAAACAUCCCUAUUUCGAAUAAAAUCGACUUCGUACCGCAGGGUAACUUGCAAACGAUACCGGAUGACGUACGAAGUAUUUACGUAUGCAUGCGCUUAUAGUGAGAUCAAAAAGAAGUCGCGUAAACAACUUCCUCCGUUCCACGCGCAGAAAUCUACAUAAUACGUCCUUUCGAGGCAGCUUUUUGGGUUGCCUCGAUGAAAUACGGUUCCCGAGAGAGAUCCAGCCCAUUCGUAAGCCUGUUUAUAAGCCAUUUCAGAGGGUGAACAGGCGAAAAAGUUUAUGGCGAUCCGAGAUAGUCGAAUAAAAUUGGUAUUUUAUAGAUAACUAAGUGUGUGUCUGUGUAUGUAAUAUACAUAUAUCUGUACGAAAUGUAAUCUCACUUAUACUAUAGGUUAAAA